AUGACAACCCCCGAGAAGCGGGCUUUGCGACUAUCUGACAACAACAACUGGCAUGAUGAAGAAGACAUGCUGGAUCAUGACAAGUGGAUCGACAAGGUUGAGAAGACCUUGGAGAGUCACAAUUUGCAUAAUUUGAUCAAAAGAUCUAUUCCCUGGCCGAACAGGAGAGAUCCAAAUAGUCAGAAGUGGAAGACUCUUUCCAAACAAGUGCGCACCUGGAUGUCUAGUAGUAUAGACAGCGACUUGAUGGAAGAGAUCAAUGGACGUGAAACCCUAUCACCUUUGCAGAUGAACUUAUGGAAGAGAUUCGGGAGCAUAUGA